UUAAUUUUGGUAAUUACUAUUUCACAGUUACAUAGCUAGCAAUAAAGUUUAAUUUUAAGACCGCCAUCUGUGAAGCAGUUAGCCGAAGUUACGUAACGCAACGUCAAGAUCCCUGAUACUGUCACUGGAUUUAUUAUUCUUAGUGAGUUUUGCUUUAUCGUGUGGUCGUUAAGUUGGCAACGAAUGAUGUUUACAAGCAUCAGUAAGGUUAUAAGCAAACAACACAAACAUUGUUAAUUUUUUAUACAAUAAUCAUUGAAAUACUUGUGACCCGAUAAUUAGAUAAUGGAAUUAGAUUUUACAAAAAUAUGUCGAGUAUGUCUAAACGAAGGUAUAAUGAUGUCAAUAUUCAAAGUAAAUGUUUCAAAGAAGAUGAUGGCAUGUGCCUCUGUUCAGGUGUGGCAGAACGAUGGACUCCCGUCACAGAUAUGUAACAAAUGUUCAGCCAAGCUACACAUUUCUUUCCAAUUCAAAAAACAGUGUGAAAAAUCGGAUGCCAAGCUACGACAGUAUGUAUCAAGCAUGACACAGGAAAAUUUACAACAACAACAACCACAACAGCAACAGCCGCAACAACACGUCGAGCACCAGCAAAUCCAGCAAGUACCUCAACCCCAGCCACAAAUGAAUAAACUAGAUGAACUCGACAUGAACCAGCCAAUUACUCAAAACAGCUGUGUGUACAUUGAGUGUGCACCGUUGCUGGAAAUUCAGCAAGAGCAAAAAUUUGACCCUGUAUUUGUACCGGCGUCACAAGCGCAACAGCCGGCGUUGACGCAAAUCAACUACAACGUGCAAUCACAAAACCAUUUACAAUUGAAUGGUUAUAAUUUACAGGGUGUAGGGCAGGUACAAGUUUACAAUGGUACAUACACGAUGCCGCUGCAAACCAUGCAACCCACGAAUAUUUUGCACAACCAAGUUAUAGCGCCACCAAUGCAGAUUCAGCAUCAACAACAGUUACCGCCACUGCAACCAAUGAUGCAGCAGCAGCCAAUUCCGCAAAUUACUGAAGAUGAGAAAGAGAAGGCUAAGAAAAACGGGAAGAUGAAGAGAGAUGGUAAAUUAAAUGAGACAAAUAAACAGUGCCCCACUUGUAAUAAGAUUUUUUCUACUUCAACAAAGUUGAGUAGGCAUAUGAAAACGCAUUCAACUGAUAUGCCAUAUAAGUGUAAAGUGUGUAAUAAGGCCUUUUCUCAUAGUGGAAAUUAUAAGAUUCAUCUCAGGAUGCAUACAGAUGAGAGACCAUUUACAUGUACAGUGUGUGGGAAAGGGUGUAGGCAGGCGCAGGACUUGGAGAAACACAUGAGGACACAUACAGGUGAAAGACCCCACAAGUGCAACCUGUGCACGCGCGCAUUUUCCACUAGUUCAAAUUUAAUAGCCCACAUCCGUACCCACACCGGAGAACGUCCAUACGUGUGUUGCGUCUGUCAAAAAGCGUUCUGCCAAUCCAACGAACUGACAAAACACAUGAGAACGCACACUGGAGAGAAGUCUCAUAUUUGUGAUAUUUGCCAUAAAGGUUUUAAUGGAUCAAGCACGUUGAUCGUGCACAGAAGGUCACAUACAGGCGAACGUCCAUACGUAUGCUCGGUGUGCGGCAAAGGUUUCGCGCAGUCUAGUUGUUUAGCGGUACACAUGAAGCGGCACAACGGCGAAAAAAACUUUUCUUGUAAUUCUUGUGAUAAAUCGUUCGUGACGAAUGCAGACCUUAAGGAGCAUUUGUUGACUCACACUGGGGAGAAACCAUUUACUUGUAAUAUAUGUGAUAAAAAAUACUCAAGGGCUAAUGAUCUCAAUAGGCAUACCAAAACUCAUACUUUUAAAGGGAUGGAGGAGAGCUAACCCUGGUAGUGAUUAAGUUUACCCUUGUCAGUAUUUGACUGAAAGUAUUAGAAUUGUAUGGCCAAAAAUUACGUUGUAGUAUUUAUGGUAGAUUGAUCAAUGGAAAACAAUGUAAAAUGUACAAUUACUGUUAUUUAUGAUAAUAAAACACGCGAAAAUGAUUCUAUAAAAA